GUUACUCAAAAACAUUCAGGUGCUGGGCGUCUUCGGGUCAGCUAGCUUUCUUGUAAACAGCCUAAUUCUCUAUAAAAGCCGUUUAAAGAUGCUCCCUUUAAUGUUUUCUCAGUUUGAAAGGCCCUGCCAGUAAAGGUCGGGGGCGGAGCGGCUCUCUAUUUCUAGUUUUAAUACGAACAGCACGUGGAUAUUGCAAAAGGCUGGCAACGGCAGAUUGUUAACUGCAUUUACAGCUAGAGGGAAGCAAUGCAAGCUCGUGGACGAAUGGAUGGAUGUGCGAUUUCUCCAAUUCGUGGAUUAAAGGUAGCUAUUUCAGCGGAAAGGACUUAAACUUUUGGAGACGGAUGACACAAUGUGCUUGUAUUUCGUUUUUUUCCGUGGAGUAAGGCAUCACUUAUGUAAGCAUAUGCAUCGGAAGCCAGUUUAACUGUAAAUGUAAGCCAUUAAAUUGUAUUAUUAAUGUUUUAAACUGCUCCGAAAAGAUAAUACAAUAAAUGACGGACCUUCUAAAAAUAGACAUAAGCUUUACGCGUUUCAAAUUAGUGGACUGCAGUGCCUCUCAAUAAAUACAAUAUAUGUAUAUCAGGUAAAGGCAAUUGGAGUACCUUUGAGACAAUGGCAAGCCCAGACGGUCGCUUUUACUUUCAACAGUGAACACCAUGGAUUUUCCGUUUAACAGCAGUAGGAUCAACACGCCGCUUUUGUUCUCCUCGGAUGCCUCCUCCUCUGUGGUCGCCCAAUACUCCCAAGCUGCCGUGGCGGGGCUGGCGGCGUUAGUAAGCUUUCUGAUCAUCUUCACAAUUGUGGGAAAUGUUUUGGUUGUAAUUGCAGUGUUGACAAGCAGGGCUCUGAGAGCUCCCCAAAACCUGUUUCUGGUGUCGCUAGCCAGCGCAGACAUCCUGGUUGCCACCCUAGUGAUGCCCUUUUCCCUUGCUAAUGAACUUAUGGGCUAUUGGUUUUUCGGGAGUGCCUGGUGCGAUGUGUAUUUGGCGUUAGAUGUACUCUUUUGUACAUCGUCAAUUGUGCACCUGUGUGCAAUAAGCUUAGACAGGUACUGGUCAGUGACACAAGCUGUAGAGUAUAAUCUCAAACGGACCCCCAGGAGAGUAAAAUGUGUCAUUGUGGUCGUGUGGCUCAUUUCUGCUGUGAUAUCUUUCCCUCCUUUAAUUUCUAUGGACAGAGAGCCCGAAAACGAAGACAACCCAGAGUGUAAAUUAAAUGAUGAGACGUGGUACAUUCUGUCUUCCUCUAUCGGAUCUUUCUUUGCCCCUUGCGUUAUUAUGAUCCUGGUGUACAUACGCAUAUAUCAAGUCGCCAAGCACAGGACGCGGAACAUGUCAGAGAAAAAGCACGGGACUGACUGCUCCUCCCAGACUGAAGAUGGGCUAAGCAGGGGCACCUCUUUGAAAGCUAACGAAGAGAAAGAGAAUGGACACUGCCCGUCUCUACCCACGGCCUCGGUUAAGUCACCGCAGACAGGUGAUAUAGACCCGGAGGACAGCAGCACUUCGGAUGGGAAAGACAAAAAGGCACCGCACUUGAACUCUAAAAAGGAGAGGAACACCCGCAAAAACAGCGCACUGUCCAAACAAUCCAGCCGCCUGUCCAGGUCCAGUAAUAAAUCAAUCGACUUGUUUUCCUCCCGGAGGAAAAGGAGAAGCACAGUCUCUAGAAAGAAAAUUUCUCAAGCCAGAGAGAAACGGUUCACUUUUGUCCUGGCUGUUGUAAUGGGCGUGUUUGUGGUGUGCUGGUUCCCUUUCUUUUUCAGCUACAGUCUGUACAGCAUCUGCAGAGAAUCCUGUGAAAUCCCCGACACCUUGUUUAAAUUUUUCUUCUGGAUCGGAUACUGUAAUAGUUCUUUAAACCCAGUCAUUUAUACGAUUUUUAACCAAGAUUUUAGAAGAGCUUUUCAGAAAAUAAUGUGUAGGAAAUGGAAAAAAUCUUUUUGAACUUUGCUUACUCCACAAAAAGUAUACUGUAUGUACAUAGACUGCUGCUGAGUAAUUAUUAUAAGGCCUUGACAAUCGAAAACGAAAUGUUCAAAUGAAUUCUUUUAAAAUGCACUUCUGAAGCACACAAAUGUUAACACUGUGCUUAGUUCAUGUAAAUAUUUCCAUAGUGAUUCAAAAGGAAUAUUAACUUUUUAAAAAGGGUUAAUUUCUUUUAACCCAUUAGUGCCAGACAUUAUCCUGUGAGAAAUCCUUUGACAAUGUAAAAUGUAUUGAUGUUGUGACCAAAAUUUCAUUUAAUGUACCAUUUUAUCAUUUAAAACAACCCAAGAUGGCAAGGAAGGAAUGCUAAUGAAAAGACAACAAAUAUAGGUAACAGAAUACAGGGACCCUGGUUGACAUAGUAAUUGUUUGAUUUUAUACUACUUUUUUGAUAGCUCAUCAAAGAAAGCUCUAAUUGCACUUCUAUAAGGAAAAAUAGUCCUCCUGUCUGACUUAAUUACAUUUUCCAGAACAUUUCUGAAGAAACUAAAAUUGUUUGUUUCAAGUCUAACAUUGGGCUGUAUAAUCAUGCUAUGACACUUGUUACCUUUUAGAAGCGAAUUACAAGUUUAUAUUGAAAACUAAUAUGAAGCCAUUUUUCAAAAGGAACUAUUUUUCUUCAUCCUUUAUUUUGGUAAUAACUAUUAAAAUAUGUUUAUUCAGGAUGCUUUGAAAAUAUGAAUAUUGCCAGAAAGACAGAGCAGAGCCUAUAUUUCCAUUUUUGAAGAGUAAUAAUUUUUAAAAUGUUUCUUCAAGUACACAAAAAGUUAAAUGUCUGAGCUUACUUACAGCUGAUCAAAAUUUCUGUGCCAGGGUAACAUGCUGUUUACGUCAUAUCUAAAUAAGCUUAUGCUAAAUAUCU